CAAUAAUUCUAUUUAAUAUAUCUUACUAAAAUGUUGAGAUUCAUAAUUUCAUGUGUACUCUAUAUUUUAUACAAGUAUUUGUGUGGCGGUACGCCAUGUUUUUGUAAAUAGGGGUAGAUAUAAAUUUUAUUUAUCCUAAAUUCCUUUGUCUUUAACGUGUUUCUAGAACUUUCUAACCUAUUCCUUUUCUGUGGGUGGGGGACAACCUUUGUCCAAGGACAAAGGGGAGAAGACAAAGGGGACAUUAAGAAGCCCUGAGGCCAUCAGGAGAACGAACAAGACACUUUCGGGUCAGCGUCCGAGGUGUACAGACGUAGGAAACAGCAAGCAAAGGGUUUGUCACCUAGUGGGACAAACGGAGAAGGCUUGGAAGUCGUCUGCGAACGGACGAAAAUUAGAAAGACACCCAGAUUAAGACCUCAAGAAAAAACGCUCCCGAAUUCUCAAGAGACGGAAUCAAGAGGAAGGAAAUUGAGUUAAUUCAAGUACCGAUAUAGAGAAGAUCGGAGACUCCCAAGUUUACCCGGGUACCCCCACAAAUCUGUCCUUUAUACUUGUCUCUUCUCUUCGUAUCUCUUAAUUUCUUCACCCUUCUUCCUUAGCAUAUAAGCUAGAUUAAGGUAGAUUUAAGUAGUCGUAGUAUCUUAAACCAUAAUCUUUUUAUUGUCGCGAGCACGUGUUCUAUUUGUGAAAAUAUAGAAUUUUGUCGGACGGAUUCGAACUUGUGCACGUACUAUAGUUUGGGAUCAAGUGUGUUUAGUGUAAACGAACCAGGUGUACGAAGGACUAAGUAGCUGUAGUUGAAUAAAUAUCCUGUUUGAUUUUAUGGUUACUUCUUUGUCAUCCUUCCUUUGUCCUCCACACCACCACAAUGGCGUCCGCGACAGGAUCCCAACUAUAGUGUGGGUGCACGGUUCUUGAUAUUUUUGAAGUCGGUGACUAGAAAUAAGCGUGUUAUUACCUGUUGUUAAUCGCCUAUUUUAUAUAAAUAUAAUAUUUUUCUUUUGUUAUAAUGGCCACUAGUAAUUCAGUGGAAAGUUCGAGCUUCAGUGAAAGUGUUACCCCCGGCUCACCACUGGUCGUAACAGGGUUUCUGGGUAUGAUACCCAUGUUUUCUGGAUUACAGAGCGAUGUAGUGAAUGUGAAACAAUUUUUCUGUACGGUUGAUAAGAUUGCGCGACUAGCAGGUUGGAAUGAUGAGGUUAAGGUGGCCGUGCUACAAUCGAGACUAAAGGGUGAACCAUUAAAAACGUUUAUGUGCUUACUUGAACAAUACCCCGAGUCAUAUAUGGAUAUUAAGCGGGACCUGAUAAAAUGCUUUAGUAAGAAGGAGAUGGGUGACAGAGAUAUAAUAGAUCAAUUAAUGUCCAUAAAACAAGGGAAUAAUGAAUCGGUGACAGAUUAUUCAGUUCGUAUGCGAACCUUACUUGCCAGGGCGGCGAUAAGUCACCAAAGUAUAAGUCUGUUACGGGACGAUAUAAUUUUGGAACGUUUUGUAAGGGGUUUGAGAGGGGUCAUAAGGAGUAAUGUAAUGAGAAAAACUCCAAAAACUUUGGAUGAGGCAUUCGAGAUUGCUGAAGCUGAGGAAUCGAUUGAGGCCGAGGCCGGCGGCCGUUAUGAAAGGAGGGCUGUUAGUUCAGCGAUUGAGGAGACAACUAAUACAGCUGUAAAAGAAUGGGAGAAAGUAGAAAUAUGUGGGGGUCAGUGUAACGAUAAGAUAGAAAAGCUAGGAAGAAAAAUCGACGCGUUAACCGAAGCUAUAAGUAAGCUGUUAAAUAGUGAGGAUCAAGGGCCAAGAAGGGUCAACAAAGGAUGUUACACGUGUGGGGAAAUAGGGCACUUCUCCCGUAGAUGCCCAAAGGGAGCGAAUGAUAAUUUAAAAAUAAGUGAAGGAAAUCAUAGAGGUCAGCCCGGCGCUUCCUAUAUUAAGAUCAGUCUGGCCAGUAAGAUUCUACUAUCGCGAAAUGGGCUCCCUUUUGUUGAAGGUGAGGUGGAAGGUAUAAAAUUCUCUUUUUUGAUCGACACGGGGGCAGAGAGAUCCAUACUAGACCUAAGUUCGGUGAAAAGUAUUUCUGAGGCUAAGGUCAUUAGAGCCACCCCGGAAAACGAAAAUGUAGGGAUAAGGGGCAUAAAUGGUAGCACCACCAAGUGUGAAAGGACCAUAAGAACUGAGGUGAGAUACAAAGACCAGGCAUGCAAUGUGACAAUUGCUUGCAUGCGUCUACCGGGACACAUUGAUUUCAAUGGCAUAUUAGGCAUGGACGUGAUAAGUAAUCUUUAUGAAAUUAUCGACGGGGUGAGGAAGUCGACAGAACAUGCCUCGGCUAAAGUUGUCCAAGAGGGGGACAGCACUGUAUUUAGUAAUGUGGUUGAUAACUAUGAGAUUUGGAAAAAGGUCGUUACAUCUCAAUGGGGGGACGAGUUCCUUAAGCAGAUGCGAAAAAAACGCGAGUUACAAAGACGCGAGCAUAACGAAUUAAUCGGGGGGAUGCAACCCGAGUUCAUGAUGGAAAAUGAUGUGAUUGUGCACAUAAAGCCAGGAAGAAUGGGGCUCGGGAACAAGGUACGUGUUUGCGUAGGUGAGGAAAUGGUGGAUCAAGUAAUCUGGUCAUUCCACAGCUCUCCUCUCUCUGGGCACCUAGGUGCGGAGAAGACUUGUAACCUGGUUGAUAGGUACUAUUACAUAAGAGAUCUGAAAAAUCGAGUUAAACAGGUCAUAAGAAGGUGUAAGAUAUGUCAAAAGCAUAACUUGCAUAGGGGACGUGCCCCGUUUCAAGAAACCGAAACCUCUGCUAAUGGUCAUGAACGCGAUCAAGAUUGGGGUUUUGUUAAAAGAUUAAUCAUGUUAAGGGAAACCGCUUAUGAUCUGGGAAGGAGGCGAAAUCGGAGAAAUCGAGAAAGGAUAAAUGGCAAUAGAGGAUGUAGCAGCUGGAAGGAAGGCCAAAGGGUUUGGCUCAUGCGUAAAGGCAAAAGGAAAGGAAAAUUUUCGCCUAAAUAUAUGGGACCGUACAGAAUAACUCGGAUUCUAGGGCCAGUUACGGUGGAGCUGGGGGGUAACUGUAAGAAAGACAGGUAUAUUGUGCACACAGAUCGCAUAAAAAACUGCUACUCCCCAAUGUAUAAAGAACCAAAAAGGAACAGUCGUCGCCUCCAAAAAAAAAUGGGAAGCAUAGAUGGAGAAGGGAACGACGAAGAGGACGAAGAAGCGGACGAACAAAUAGCGACAUGGAUCCGUUCAAGAGCAGCAGCACAUCGUGAGCAUCCACCUCAAGCAAGAAGAGAUAGUAUAGAACAAGUAGGAGAUAAGACUGCGGGGGAAAAUGAUGUGAGACCCCAGCCUCGUUAUAACCUGCGAAGGGGGAGGAUCGAUUACCAUAAGUUGCACCAUGGUGCUUGAUUCUAAAGGGGGGGCAUAUGUGGCGGUACGCCAUGUUUUUGUAAAUAGGGGUAGAUAUAAAUUUUAUUUUCUCCUAAAUUCCUUUGUCUUUAACGUGUUUCUAGAACUUUCUAACCUAUUCCUUUUCUGUGGGUGGGGGACGACCUUUGUCCAAGGACAAAGGGGAGAAGACAAAAGGGACAUUAAGAAGCCCUGAGGCCAUCAGAGAGAACGAACUGGAUACUUUUGGGUCAGCGUCUGAGGUGUGCAGACGUAGGAAAGAGCAAGCUAGAGGUUUGUCGCCUAGUGGGACAAACGGAGAAGGCUUGGAAGUCGUCUGCGAACGGACGAAAAUUAGAAAGACAUCCAGCCAUAAGACCUCAAGAAAAAACGCUCCCGAAUUCUCAAGAGACGGAAUCAAGAGGAAGGAAAUUGAGUUAAUUCAAGUACCAAUAUAGAGAAGAUCGGAGACUCCCAAGUUUACCCGGGUACCCCCACAAAAUCUGUCCUUUAUACUUAUCUCUUCUCUUCAUAUCUCUUAAUUUCUUUACCCUUCUUCCUUAGCAUAUAAGCUAGAUUAAGGUAGAUUUAAGUAGUCGUAGUAUCUUAAACCAUAAUCUUUUUAUUGUCGCGAGCACGUGUUCUAUUUGUGAAAAUAUAGAAUUUUGUCGGACGGAUUCGAACUUGUGCACGUACUAUAGUUUGGGAUCAAGUGUGUUUAGUGUAAACGAACCAGGUGUACGAAGGACUAAGUAGCUGUAGUUGAAUAAAUAUCCUGUUUAAUUUUAUGGUUACUUCUUUGUCAUCCUUCUUUUGUCCUCCACACCACCACAUUUGGAUGAAUAUUUUGAAACUUUUAAUCAGUUGAAUUUAACUUAUGUAAAGUAAUAUUUUAAACUUGAUACUUAUUUCGCAAUACACUCUUUCUUUUAAACCAUGGUUUAAACUUAUUACUAGAUCUACUAAGAAACUUACCUAUUUUUCUUAGUUUCUUAAACAGUUCUUCAAAUUCAAUAAAUGAGAAAAAUGCAUUGACAUAAUUUUAUACUCAAACUCUUUCAUCAGUUAUGGGGAAACAUUGUGAAUACACAAAAUUAAAGCUUUUUGA